AACUCCACCUGGUAUGAUCCCUCGGGGUCCUGGCUGGACACCCGGCGCACACCCUUCCGCUACGGCUACAACACCUGCUCCUCGGGGUGCGACGGCGAAGGCGUUGAAGGCAUGAGGGGGCACAACUAUCGGCACUAUGGCUAUCGGCAGCCAGUCUGCUCCGAGAGAUGCCACGGCUAUGCUGCAGCUGAUUCGUGCCACGGAGACGGGGGCUCAAGCUGUGUCAGGAGGCCCACAUACAGCUAUGGGUCAUCAGGGGGAUGCCACGGCUACGGGAGGUCGGUCUGCUCUGAGAGAUGCCAUGGGUCCUCAGGUUCGUGCCAGGAAAGUGGUUCAAGCUGUGUCAGGAGACCCACAUACACCUAUGGGUCAUCGGGAGGAUGCCACGGCUAUGGGAGAUCAGUCUGCUCCGAGAGAUGCCAUGAGACCUCAGGUUCGUGCCAGAAAAGUGGUUCAAGCUGCGUUAGGAGGCCCACAUACACCUAUGGGUCAUCAGGAGGAUGCCACAGCUACGGGAGAUCGGUCUGCUCCGAAAUACACCAUGGAUCAGGGUACCAGGGGGGGAAGCCGUGCUACAGCAAGCCCACGCAGUGCAUCCCACAGUGCUGCCCGGUGCAGACCUGUCCCCCUCCGGUGCAGAUCUGUCCCCCUCCCGUGCAGACCUGUCCCCCUCCGGUGCAGCAAGGCUGCGUGCCCGUGGCAAAGUGCAUCCCAAGGCAGCAGCAAAAGCAGGUCUGCAAAGUGCCGGCCCGGAAGAUAAAGUAG